ACAAAACAUUUGCAUUCGAGUGGUGCAGUGAUAUGACAAUUCAUACAAUUUUCAAAACAAUACAAAAGAAAAAUAAACAUUUUCGAUAAUUAAAGCAGAAUAUACAAAACGAAACUUUACAUUUGCGUGUUUAUCAGUUAUGUAUUAAAAUAAAUCAUGUUGGUUGGAGUCAUAUCUGGAAGAAAUGAGCAGUAGCAGGACGACUUUCCGAAAGUGCGCAUUUGAGCUAGUGUUUCAUGAAAAUUAUUUGACCUAGAAAUAUAACGUAAUAAGCAGUAACACAAUGAGUUCUUUAUUCAACAGUUUUAGCAAAUUUUGUAGUAAACGUGAGAAUGCUAUCAAAGAAGCGCUUAUAAAUACGCUCAUAGAAAAUUCACGUGAAAUACAAUAUGAAGUGAAGCAGCGGGGGUGUGAAAGUUUGGAGCUUUGCGAAGCUACCAGCACGCUAUGCACCACUUUGGAAGCAGUUUUUCUGCAUGGUCUUAAGGAUUCAUUACUUUGGAACACUAUUAGUGUAAUCGCUGGCGAUGAAGAACGCCGACCAGAGCCCAGCUUUUGGGCACCUUUACUGAUAUUUAUGCACAAGCAAGUUAUCGAACAGGUUCAAACGCUUUCGCAAAUCACCACGGAAAUCGGGCAAUGUCGCGCUUGGAUACGCCUCUCACUGAAUGAAUCUCUAUUUUCUGCUUAUCUAAAUAACAUGCGUAAAGGCAAUUCGUUGCUAAGUCCAUAUUAUAAAAAAUUUGCAUUGCUCAAAGAUAGUGAUGGUCUGGAAAUGGCUGCAAAGACUAUGGAGGGUAUCGAGGCAUUUGUGCAGUUUAAUUUGCCAGUGAAUUCGAGUUUGCUCAACUACUGGCCUGACUAUGCUUUGCAAUUGUCAGGGCUAUGGACGCCACCGUUGAAAUCAUGUCCGAUAAGUAGUGGUGUUGAUAUUGCCGACACACUUGGCGUGGAAGAUGCUGAGGUAGCUGAAGCUGUUGUAAUGCUGCCAACGCCACGUCCGAUAAGCACGAGCGAAGCUUUCUCACAAAAGAUUGAGAAUUUACCCAAUUUACAGUCGCCAAGCGCUGCAGAAAUAGCCGCACAACGCGAAAAUGUCGACAUACUGUUAAAAGCAGUCGAUGAAAUGCAAAUGAUAAGCGAAGAGAGUACAGAAGAAGCUACAAACCAAAGCCAAGUGGACGAUAAAAAUGCGCAAGCAGAUAACGAGUUUGCAUUUAAAGGCAACAAAUCAAAGAAGAAACGCAAAAAAUCAAGAGAAAUGGCUGAAGCGCGUAUACGUGACUAUAUAACCGGUGAAGCUGGCUAUAAGACAGAGCCAUCAUCGCCUGUAACGCCUGGGAACUCACUAAUGAAUUUAAUGCACACCUCGUGGUCUGGAGACGAAUCAUCCGUGUCCGAAUUGAACACACCCACUUUGGAACGGCCCUUAUAUAGACGUGCCUCAAGUAAUGCCAGCACGCUAAGCUACAACACUUUGCUGGGCAAACAUGAACGUGAGAAGCUGCAGAUACAAAUAAAGAAUAAUGCCUUGACCGUAGAGCGCACAUGUGUGAACCAUGCAGAUGCUGAUGAUGCAGCAGAGCAUGAGGGUGACAAUAAUGGUAGCGAUUCAAAUGAUAGUCGUUUGACCUUGGAUUUUGAAGUGGUGCCCAACUCUAAUUUAGAUCGCAUGAAUGUCAGCGAAAUACAAGAAAUGCUGGAGCAGAUGCACAAGUUGGCGCGCCAACCCGGCUUGGAUGCACAGGGAUUCCUCUGCAAAUCAUGCCAACAUCCCUUGGGUAUUGGUUACACGAACUUUCAAGUUUGUGGAUUCAGUGGCAAUUACUUUUGUGAUAACUGCAUGGACAUUGAACAGUUGAUGAUACCAGCUAAAAUUAUAUACAAUUGGGACUUUCGAAAGUAUGCGGUAUCGAAGCGCGCUGCCGUUUUCCUAACCGAGUUUCGCAAUCAACCGGUUAUUGAUUUGGAACUCUUGAAUCCCGCAAUUUAUAACGCCUCCGACGCCAUGGCCGAUCUGCAAUCGUUGCGCAUACGUUUGAAUUUUCUACGCGCCUACCUAUACACCUGUGAGCCGAAAAGUAUACAACUACUGCAAUUGCAAUUCUAUGGGCGCGAAUAUCUCUACGAGCACAUACAUUUAUAUUCUAUAAGUGAUUUGCAUUUAAUAUUGCGUGGCACACUCUAUCAACAAUUGCAGAAGGCAUACAAAAUAGGCGAAGCGCAUGUAUUGAAGUGUCCACUGUGCAGCGUCAAAGGUUUCAUUUGUGAAAUAUGCAAGAGUUCACGCGUGUUGUAUCCAUUUCACAUUGAAACCACAUAUAGGUGCGAGAUAUGUGGCGCCGUCUUUCAUGCACAAUGCCUCAACGACCAGCAGCCAUGCCCGAAAUGCGAACGCAGGCGUAAAAGAGAGGAGUUGGAUUUGGAAGAGGUAAAUUUUGCAGAAAAUGCACAGAAUUUGUCUACAUCAACCACUCAAAUUGCUGAAGACGUGGAAGAAGUGCCCGCAGCGCACUAAAUUUACCAAUAAAUAUUAUUCUGUGUACUAUGUUUUGUAAUAUUUGCAGUGAUAAGUAGUUAAGUAUCUGUAUCUAUUAAUUGCUAUUAGUGUAUGGAGAUCUCUCUCCAACUGUCUAGUGAAGUAACUCUUCACUGAGCUCAUAUCAAAGUAUUUAUAUUUAAACUACAUAAAUGCAAUAACACUAAUUAGCUUAAUUAUAUAUUAUUUUAAGCUAUAUAAUAUUCUUAACUCAAGAAUUUAACAAACGCUCGGAAAUUUUCCCAAUAUCUUUAAGCGUAUAGAUGUAUACAUGUAUGUAUAAAAUUAAAAAAACAAUAAUAAUUGUUCUUAUAUAGUGUAAAAUAUAUCGAUUAAAUGUUUUGGCUACAAACGCACGCUUUAUGUUGCCACACAAGCAAUUACUUUAUAUUAAUAUUGAAUAACUUGAAAAUUAAUUAAACAAUAAAAAGGCUAUAAAUGUCGAUAUUUACACACAUA